GAUUCUCUCGUCCCCUCCCCCUCCCUUCCCUUCCCCGGACAUGUCGUCCAUGGCGAGUCGGCGGGAACAGAGACGAACACACGGUCUGUCGCCGCGGUCACACCGUCCCUCCCCUGCUCCUGCCCCUACUGCUCACGUUGCUGCUGCUGCUACAUCGACUGGUGCUGCACUCGCUCCUCCUUCUGCUGCUGAUCCCAUGGCGGCGGCGGCGGCGGCUGCCCGGCGAUACGAGUCUAACAUGGCCAACCUCAUCGCUGCCAAUCAGUGCUUGUCCCCACCCGCAGCUCCGCUUACGGUCCCGUCUGUGGAUCAACUUCCGACGAGCUCGGUGGCGCACCAAGUUUCCUCUGCUGCCGACUUGUCGCCGCUGGCCUCUACUGUCGCUGACGACGAGAAGCCCGACGACGACGACGACGACGACUCCGGCUCGACGUGCUCGAUCUGCUUUGAGCCGUGGACCAACCAGGGCCGGCACCGAGUGACCGCGACCAAGUGCGGACAUUUGUUUGGUCGGGCGUGCAUCCGCAAGUGGCUCUCGUCGCACUCGUCGUGCCCCACGUGCAAGAAGCGAAUCCGUGCGACAGACCUGCGGUAUUUGUACGUCACCAACAUCUCUGUGGUGGACAAUGCCGAGAAGGAGCGCGCGCUGCGGCUCAUCUCCAAGUGCCGGUCAGAGAACGAGAAGAUCAACCGCGAGCUCGGCAAGGUUCAGCUCGAGAACCGAAGCCUGGCAACCAAGCUCGAGGCGGCGCAGCGGGAGAUUGUGGCGCUGAAGGCUAUGAUUGCUGAGAGACGGCCAGGAGCACAUCCGCUUGCGGCGGCGGCAGGAACUGGUGGCCUUGCGCGCGCAUCGACAGCGGGACUGCUCUUUGAAGAGGUGCUCUCGCUCCCGCUCUCACUGGCGGCGCGGGUGAUGGACCUCUCGCCGGCCGGCGAUGUGCUGCUGGUAUCGUCCGCCAACGCGCGCGGGGCGGGCAAGGCGCACGGCUUUACGCGCAUCUCGCUGGUCAACUCGCGGUUUCAGCAGUAUGUGGGCGUGCAUGACAAGGCUGUGCGCGACGUGGGGCUCUCGCAGCACGACCAUGAUCUCGUGCUCUCGGUCGGGUUUGACGCGCGAGCAACGCUCACCUCGCUGUCGGCCAACAGCCCGGUGCUGUCGUGUGUCCUCGACGGUGGCGGAUGGUCCGCGGUGUGGCACCCGGAGCAAGGGCAGUACUUUGCGGUUGGCACCUCGUGCGGGACGGUGGCGCUGUUCGACACGCGUAAGACCAACGCGCCAACUCUGCAUCUUGCGCUCCCGUCACGUCAGCCUGUGCACUCGCUCGCGUUUUCGCAGGUCGGCGAUGACUUGGUUCUUCUCGCGGGCACGUGCUCGUCGGGCGUCUCGGCCAUCCCGCUCGGGGCGACCGGGUUUGGGACGGCAGUGACGAUCACACCGCCUUGCAUCACGACGGCAGUGGCGGCGGGAAGCGGGACGAGCAGCGUGCUACUCUCGUACCGUGCGUCGUCAUCGUCGGGCCCGCUUGCGGCACAUCACGAAGUGUACGGCCUCGAGCAAGCGACGCUCGCGUGGCAGUCGCAGACGACCCUCCCUGGUCCGGCGUCGGCGCGGGUGAUGGCACGGCCUUUGCUGCAGUGA